CCUUCUCAACUAGCGUCCAUAUAACGCAGGUGUUGCUGCAUUAAACCUCACUGAGACACUGAGAGAACAGGAGUACGGCUGCAGAUGCUCAAUAAUCUGAUCAUUGUAAAACAACAGGCACUGUAUUUCAAGACACAGAUCUAAUUAUACACGACAAAAAACGGAAGAUCGUGGCAGAACCUACCUUUUCUGCAAACGGGACUCUUGUACCAGAAUUUCGCAAAAUGAUUGCAAGAGGAUGUUUCCUUUUGACCUUAGUGUUCCACCACGUGCUGUCAUUACCAGUAUCUUCAAAUCACGUGGAUAAAGAGGAUGCCAAGCAGGUGAUGAAAUGCAUUGUGGAGGUCAUCGCUGACACUUUGUCCAAACCCAGUCCAAUUCCGAUCAGUCAGGAGUGCCUGGACUCUCUCAGGGGAGAUGAAAGAAUCAUUUCAAUUCUCCGUCAUCAAAAUCUCCUCAAAGAACUCCAGGAACUUGCGUCUCAAGGUGCUAGUGAAAGAGCACAGCAGCAGGAGAAAGGUGAUCACCUAGAGGAUCAGAUUCCUGCUGUCCUUGAGGAUGCCUUGGACAAGGAUAUUCCUGCGGAUCAGUCAAUGCUGGAUGCCCUGAAGAAACCUGAGUCCUACACGGAGACAAGACGAGUGGAUUUGAGGGAACAGGCCCUGCCCGCGCAGAAGAGAGAGGCGGAGCUGAGCGAAAACGAAGUGGAAGAGAGUGCGGAAAGUGACGGUGAGUCGCUGGAGGGCAAUGAGGUGGAGGAGCCCAAGGAGGAGGAGAAGCGAGAGGGAGGCCCUGAAAAACUCAUCCCAGCUUCCCUGAGCCUGGAAGAAGAGAAGGCCACUGUAGGCACUGAGGGGAGCAAAGAAGAGAUGCAGCUGAAGAGCAGGGAGACUUCCAAGCCUGUCUCCACGGAAGGCGGAGAGGACAUUGAGAGUGAUGGUGUCUUCCAAGGAAAAGCAGAAAGCGAAGAGAAUGAAACUGAAAAGGAAGACAACUCGGAGGCAGACAAAGAUGGUUCUAGGACAGACGCCGCGACCAGUGUUCCAGAUGUUCACAAAGUUAAGAACUCGCUGCAGGGGGAGGGUGGAGACCAGCAGGAGCAGACUGAAGAGAAACGGUCCAGUGAGGAAGAGGAGGAGGAGGAGAAGUGCUGCCAAGAGGGAGAGGAAGGAGGGGAGGCAGACGAUCAGGAGGGGGAGAAGAACGGGGAAGACUCCAAGCGGUGGAGCAGGAUGGACGAGCUGGCGGAGAAGCUGUCCUCCAGGAAGCGCUCCCAGGGGGAAGAAGAGGAGGAGAGAAGCGCUGAAUCCUCCCAGACAUCCCAGCCCAAAGGCCUCCUCACUCGGGACCUCCAGCGACACCGGCACGCUGCCCAGCACCACUCCAAGGAAGACAGCAGCCGAGAGGAGAGGAGCAGGGCCCAAGAGACAGUGGCUCACAGUGAGGCAGAUGAGAGGCGAGAAGAGGAAGGUAGCGCCAGCAGGAAGGCCGAGGACCAGGAAAUAGAGAGUCUCGCAGCGAUUGAGUCAGAGCUGGAAAAUGUGGCACAGAAGCUCCACGAGCUGAGAAAAGGCUAAGCGUCGACACGACAGCCACCAAGGCACUUCCACUUUGUCUGUUUACAAAAGUGCAUUAACACCCUCAUGUCUGCGUUUGUAUCUCCAGCAAGUAGUUUUUUUUUCCCAUAGUGGCAUGUCAAACCUUAUUGCUCCCCACCUCAACCACCACAUACUGUAGUUCCAGUCAGUGCCCCCAGCUCCUCUCCACAUCCUCAUGUUAUGUCCCAUGUCUGUCUGUGCUAGGGCUACGUUACAGUAUCUCGCCUGCGAAUCCAAUAAUUUUUUGCACUGUGCAAAACUAAGUGAAUAAUUAAUAAUAAAUGAUAAUAACAUAAUUACAUUGCUAAUAAAGCGAAUAGUUAACAGGGUGGUAUAUUCCUAGUGUGGUACUAAGUUUCGAACAUUUUUCUUUUUGUGAUUAUUGUCCUUAAUAAUGAUGAUAAUAAUGAACUUAUGCUCCUUGUCCUAAAAGAAGAAACAUGCAAUAACUUUAAUAAUUUUUAAUAGGUGAAUGAUUUCCCUGUGAUACCUGCCAUAAGGAAUUUAUCUAAGAAAAUCAAUAAACUGAGUGGAGAUAUCUGAUGGAAUGUCUGUUUUGGUUUUCCUUGCAUCUGUAAUAAAGGAUUCAAAUUGGGCCAUUUUUUUACUUUUCACACCGUAGUACGUUCCAAGCAGUACAUUGAAAGACAAAGCCUUGGUGGCUGGGCAGCUGAAAUCUGUUGACAUUUAAGACCGAUUGAGAAAAUUUAGCAUAAUUCCAAAGCUAAUUGUUCUGGGCAUUAAUUACAGUAGCAAUGGGAUUUCACUGAAACUUAAUUAAACUAACAGGUCAAUUUAUUGUUUCUUGUUGCGCACAGAUGUGGAAUGUGUUAGUAAUUAACAGCUUUUCACGGCCAUCUCACUUGAGUGGGGUAGGGGACAAAAUUCAGAAGGCAUUUAUGUCAAAAUGCUUCUAAUAAGCUGUUUUACUGGUGGCUGAUGCAUUUUUAACACCAAAAACAGAAGACACGUUUCACCUCUGACCCGCCUGUGGUACCAUCUCGGCAACAAUAGAUGUAAAAUGUGGUUAAACUAGAACACUAAAGAUUUAGGGAUCUACGUUGCUCAAAAAAGAAUCCAGUAAAAUAGUAAGUGUGACUGUUGUAUAACAAUUGAAAAAUCUCUUCAGAAACAGACAUAUGCUUAGGUGUGCUAGUGUAACUAAAGAAACAAUGUUUUAAGAGGGAAAAGAAAAAAUUAUACGAAAUGGUAAUGCAACUUGCUAGUAUAUUUCAAAAGUGUCAUAGUAAUCAUAAAAUGGAACACAUAGCAGACAAGGACACUCGAACAUAAUGUAGUUAUGAAGUACGAUGAUGUUAACUGCAAGAACAACACACCGAUUUCUCUUCCAAAAGCAGCAUGGAAGCAUGGCUUUUUCCCUGUAGGGUGAUGGUAGCUCAGCUCAAUCUCCUCUAAUCUCUGCCAGCAUCCUUAUAAUCUUCACACGCUCUGCAGUUCUCAGGUGCUGCAUUAGCAUUUACAUUUAAGUUUAUUAAAAAUGAAAUGGCCACACCUCAACAAGCUCAUAAGAGAGAUAUUCGUCAAUGAUGUUACAUUUUUAAAUUGAAACGUCAGUUCUGGUCUCGGUUUUAUUCAAUUUUGGCGAGUGCCAGGACCCAUGGAGCCAAGUUUAAACUAUUUUAGAAUAUAACCAGAAAAUUGUAACCUGUUCUGUAUUUCUUCUAUGAAUUGUUUCUGCUGUGUUAUGUCAGCUGUUCAUCUGGGGGUUUUUGUCAAAAUAUUCCUGAAUCCUGAAAACUGGCACUUCAGAUGUCCCCCAGUUCCCCAUGUGCUGUGAAAUAAAAUGGCAGAGCAUAAGCAGCUGGACACAACACAGUUUGAUUCCUCAAAGGUCCAGAAAAGGUCAGAAUGUCUAUUCUUAAAACUGUACCAAAAGCACAAAUAAAACCUUUGCCUCA